ACUUACUUUUUGAAUAAAUCGCUGCCAUCUUGGUUAUGGAAGGCAAUAAAGACGAAAGCAGAAAAUGCUUAGACUAUGCCGAAAAGUAUCUAAGGGAAGGAAAAGUAGAUCAAGCAAAAAAGUUUGUUAUUAAAGCUCAAAAGCUCUAUCCAACAAAAAGAGGCCAAGAACUUUUAGAUGGCCUGUCAAAUGGCGGAACUAACGCUGACUCGUCACGAUCGGCAUUUUCGAAUGGCAACAGUGAUAGUUCUUCAGCAGAAAAUGUACGAUUUCGGCAGACGGCAAACGCCUCCGAAACUUCAGGAGCGGAUACAUCUUUUACCGCCGAUCAACAUAGUGGUGUGAAAAAGAUUCUAAAAGCAAAAGAUUACUAUGAGAUUUUGAACGUCAAGAGGGAUUGUGCUGAAGAAGAUAUUAAAAAAGCUUAUCGUAAAUUAGCCCUUAAAUUUCACCCAGAUAAGAACAAAGCGCCAGGAGCAGCGGAUGCUUUCAAAAAAAUAGGGAAUGCUUUCACAACACUUAGUGAUUCUAAUAAAAGGCGUCGUUAUGACGUUCAUGGUCAUGAAACAGAAUCAAGUAAUCACAGGCGACACUAUCCAGAUGACUUCGAGAGCGAUAUAUCACCAGAGGAAGUAUUUAAUAUGUUUUUCGGAGGUGGCUUUCCAGGAGGUAAUGUAUAUACUUAUAGAAGACAUACCGGUAGAAGGAAUGGUGCCCAACCCGAAGUGGAAACAAAUUACACAAUGCUCCUGCAGCUCGCUCCAAUUUUAAUGUUGGUUGUCUUGUCGCUGCUUAGCUCCUUUCUCGUGUCAGAGCCUCAUUAUUCUUUAUCAAAAACUGGAAAAUAUCAGCAUAUGAGAACAACACAAAAUUUAAGAAUUUCGUAUUGGGUGAAAAGAGACUUCAAUACGGAAUAUCAUGGCUCUAUGCGACAAUUAGAACAGAGUGUCGAGUCAGACCAUCUUGAGAAUUUAAGGCAUCAGUGCUUUAAGGAAAGAACUCUUAAAGAAAAUAUGUUAUGGAGAGCUAGACAUUAUAGUGAUCAAAAAAUGUAUGAAAGAGCAUCACAAAUGGCAACACCAUCUUGCAACAAGCUUGAAAAAAUAUAUGCCUAAAGUAAUUUGUUAUAUACGCAGAAGUCGCCUGUGAUUGUGCCUUUUGUGAAGGACUAAGAAGGGGAAAAAAAUUAAAAGUCGUAUGGAGAAAAAGAGUUUAAUUGAUUGUAUAUAACUUAAUAUAUUUAUAUAUAU